AUGCCGCUACCCCAUCCACCAAAGAACGCACGAUAUGCGGUAUCCAUCAUCACCCUAGAGAUCCCUCUCGACACGCCAAUAACCCAAGAUUCCCCGACACCAUACACCUACGCGGAAGGCGGGACCACGAAACCCAUUCUCACUACAGACACUGUCCUCGUCACUAUCUACUACCCGUCUCAGCUUGCGAAGGAACACAAUCAUGGUCAAGCACUCGACUGGCUCGAAGCACCCAAACUACGCUCCAUCGGCGGUCUAUUGAAAUAUGCAGGCAUUCCGAAGUAUCUCGCUGUGCCCAUCAUCUUGCCUGCAUACAGCGUCGUUUCGCAGAAGCUUCCUGUUGUGGUUGAUGCUCCUUUAGCCUCGGAAGGACUCGAGGGCGGAUUCCCAGUAGCAGUAUUCAGCCAUGGUAUGGGAGGUACACGCACAACGUACUCUGCGUAUUGCACUUCGCUCGCAGGUUCCGGCAUCGUGGUUGCUGCAGUGGAGCAUAGAGAUGGAUCUUCAGCUUCAACGACCAUCCACCAUCCUCUUGACAAGGACAACCACACCGGUGGUGGAGGCCUGCUCCGAUGGUUUACAGGCAGGUCGAAUGGUGUGGAGAACAAGAUCUACGUGCGACCCACCGAAGUCGAUGGUAAACCUGAACCACUCGAUUUCCGUCGAGCCCAAGUCGAGUUCCGUCGCAAAGAAGUUCUCGCUGCUCUCAAUAUCCUCACCGACGUCAGCGCUGGUAAGGGCUCAACGCUUGUCAAUUCUUGCACUCGAACAACACGCAAUGAUGCAAAAACACGCGACCAUCGUUCUACCAUCCUUGCUGGGUUCAGCGACAAGCUUAAGAUGUCAGACCCCUGGCUCAUCGGUCACAGCUUCGGCGGUUCCACCGCGAUACAAACUCUUCGUCAAUCUGAUUGUCCCUUCGGCCAAGCCCUUGUGCUCGAUCCAUGGGUCGAGCCCGUUCUCAUCACCGGCGCGAAUGUAGUUCCUGUUAGCAAACCACUUUACACGAUCAAUAGCGAAGAUUUCACACAAUGGAAAUCGCACAUGGACGACGUCACCACCAUCUGUCGCGAAUCGAAAGCUAGUACUGGAGGUAAAGGAUGGCUGCUUACCCUCGGAGCUGAGGGAACGGAGAAGUCGGAUGCUGCUGCUGCGGCUGCAUCCGCGAGAGUGCGACCACCGAGCAGGCUCGUUAUCGUGCACGACAUGUUCGGUACACUGUUCGGGCUGGGUGCUUGUAUCGAAGCGCUAGUCUCGUUGUUCCCGGACCAGCUGAAGGAAGCGAAAGGAAUGCCGAAGAUUGUACCGGAGUUGGUGGUGAUGGAUUGGUUCCAUGGUACGCAGCGCGAUUUCACGUAUUCGAGCAUCUGCGGACAGUACAAGUCUAUUGCUGAGGUGUUCAAGGGUACUCUGCCUCGAGUCUUGCUUCAAGCUGAAAUUUUGCCGAAGAAGGGCGCUGAUGCAAAUGCAAAGCCACUCGCCCAAGCAGGAUCCUUCGCAGAUGGCGGGGCAGCAGAAGAAGCUCUCAACGAUCCAUUCGACGCCGUAGUCACCGAGACGAUGAUGGGCGCUCUAAAACAGCUUCGGCCGCGACCAGGAAUGGUUGAUGCUCUCACGCGAAUCUACCGUGACCGCGAUGGGAAGGGCCGUCUACCAUCAGGCGUAGACAAAGUUGAUGUAUGGGCUGCCACCAACGGCUCACUUCAACUCGGACGCUCUUCCUUCCUCCGUGCACUAGGCGACACUGACGGAGCAGACAUCGACAGCGAAGCCGCUCGCUCCGGUCGCUCUGCUCAAGACAACGCCAUCGGUUCCGGAAUUGGUCUCUUCAGCUGCGACGAGGUCGGAGUAGCCAAACCUGACCCGAAAGUCUACGCUGAACUUCUGCGUCGAAUCAACGCUGAACCUCUUGACCCCAACUCGGCGAAAAAGGAGUAUCAGGGGAUCUGGUUCGUUGCUUCGCACACAUGGGACACGUUUGCAGCCAAAAAAGCAGGGUUCCGAACCGCCUGGGUUACGUACGAAGAACACUACUCUUGCCCUUCUGUUUACGGUACACCCGAUGUGGUGGGGCGAAAUAUGAAAGAGGUGGCGGAGAAAAUCCUCGCCUUUGAACGAGACCUUGCGUCGAAGAGCGACGGUAAGGCUCUGAAGGGGUGGACAUACAGCAAAGGUGAACAGGUACAGGAGAACAAGGCAAGUCAACAUGUGUCGUUCUCCGAUUUCCCUUUCUUGCUGCCUAACAUGACCAAGUUCGCGGGUUCGCUUUCCUCACAGUCGAUCUUGGAGGUGAACAGUGAGAUCGCGAGGAGGAUGGUGCUGGACGGGAAGAGGGAGGAGUCGGAGGGUGUGUUCAGUGCACUGAAAGGGGAGAAGGAUGGAACGAUCUGGAGGAUUUGGAAGGAGGGUAAGGAAAGACCUGCUAAUCUGGAAGAAAAGAACAUGGGAAGCGAUGGCAACCGCUUAGGAAGGCUUGUUGUCCACGCUCUCUAG